UCUUAAGGCCCUUCUCCCUCCCCUCUUCCUCCCUAACCUCACUUCUCUCCAUCUCCUCUUCCUCCCUCUGUUUUUCCCCUGUUUCCCUUCUCAUGGGUUUUGAUGAUGCGUGUAACACAGGUCUGGUUUUGGGGUUGGGUUUCACCUCAACCCCCAACAACCAACCGCUGCCCUCUAAGAAAUCGUGCCCCAUGUUUGAACACCCAGUCAUGGCGGCGGCGAAUUUUGAACCGUCCCUUACGUUAAGUCUUUCAGGUGACAGCAAUUAUCAGGUUGCCAACAAAAAGAUUGUUUCUGAUCAGGAGACUGCUGCCGGUAGGGAUGUGUACCGUCAGGCUUCUCCUCACAGCGCUGUUUCUUCGUUUUCUAGCGGUAGGAUAAAAAGGGAGAGAGACAUCAGCAGCGAAGAUGUGGAAGUCGAGAAGGUUUCCUCAAGAGUGAGCGAUGAAGACGAAGAUGGUGUUAAUGCUCGAAAGAAACUUCGCCUCACCAAAGAACAGUCUGCUCUUUUGGAGGAAAGCUUCAAACAACACAGCACUCUCAACCCAAAGCAAAAACAAGCUUUAGCAAAGCAAUUGAAUUUAAGGCCAAGGCAAGUUGAAGUUUGGUUCCAGAACAGGAGAGCCAGGACGAAGCUGAAGCAAACAGAGGUGGACUGUGAGCUCUUGAAGAAAUGCUGCGAGACUCUGACAGACGAGAACAGGAGGCUUCAAAAGGAAGUACAAGAACUGAAAGCACUUAAACUGGCUCAGCCGUUCUACAUGCACAUGCCGGCGGCGACGCUCACCAUGUGCCCGUCGUGUGAAAGAAUUGGCGGUGUCGGCGACGGUAACACCAAGAGCCCAUUUUCAAUGGCUCCCAAGUCCCAUUUCUACAAUCCCUUCACCAAUCCUUCAGCAGCUUGUUGAUUAUGAUUAUAAGGUCUUAAGAUAGGAUUAGCCAAAGAGAAAAAAAGAAAACAGAUCCCCCCUCCACAACCCUGUAAUUUUUUUUGUUAAGGGCGUGCAGUCAAUUAAUUAGUAGAAUUAUUUAAUUUUGUAGAAACAAAAAAUUAGUGGUUAUUCUCAUCAUCUUUUUCAAUAUAUGUUUGUAAAUCAGUAGACAGAUUUAUAUAUAAUAUAAAAUUAUCAAUGAA